AUUCAUCGCGUGGUUUCUCACAUUCACAAAUCAGAUCGUGUGGAUCGUGUGUGUUUCUGUCGAUGGGAAAUCAAAAUGAUCAUAGCCGGACCAUGGAUCUUCAGGGGCGGCACAGCGGACCGUCAGCAGCACGGUGGCGGCGCCGUCCCUUCUCGGAGACCGGGCGGCAGAACGGCCCGUGGGGGCGCCCUCGCGAUAAGCCUACCCCAAGACGCCGCCGAGUGGGUUCAAAGUCGGGCCGGCCGCCGCCUGCGCGUGCCCUGAGGAGGGGAGCCACCCGCCGCGGGCGAUGGGGACGGAGCGGGGUACGGGGCCGCCGCUGAGGGCCGCCUCAGUCUCGGUCUGGGACGCGGUGUCGGCACUCCUCCUCUGCCAUGGGUUCCGUGCUGUGCCGUCCGGCGCCGCCCGAGCCGGAGCCGUCGCUGCCGGCGCCCGGUGACGAGCCCGUGUGCCCGGGGUUCCCGUACCCGGCGCUGCUGCGCAGCCACGGCUGGCCGCCGCAGCCGGGCCCGGCGGCCGCCCUCCAGCUGCGUCUGCUGGUCGAGCUCAGUAAGCCGCCGAGCCAGGCGCCCACAGCCGUCUGCGAGUGCCCGUUCCCCGGCAGCGGGCCCGCACAGGCCUGCCCGUGCAUGAACGAGUCGCCGGAGGCAGACCUGCGCCGGAAGGACUCGUCCUAUGAGAUCAGCAUGGGACACCGCUACCAGCGCAUGCCGGCGCGCUGCCUGCGCCGCUGCGAGCACUGCUGCAAGCUCAUCGUCUGCUUCUUCCACAAGUGGCUCGUCUGCAUCGACUGCAAGUUCAAGAUCCACGAUAAGUGCAAGGGCCUGGUGAACCGCGAGUGCGCGGCGCUCAUGGCGCUCCAGGAGCCCAAGUUUCAGCUGCUCAUCUGCCCGGAGCGUGGUCUGGGCGCGCAGAGGAACCGCUGCGCAGAGUGUAGGACGCGCAUCCUGCCCCCCCAGGAUCGUUUGGCGCGCGGCCGCCUCUACUGGGAGAAGGACGAGGAGGUGCGCUCGUUCCGGCGCUGCGACUACAGCGGCCGCUACUACUGCGUGCUCUGCAUCCGCGACCACCGCUGUCACAUCCCGGCGCGCGUCAUCCGAAACUGGGACUGGACCAAACGACGGGUGUCGAUGGGAAUUAUGCGAUAUCUGAAGUAUAUGCACUCUCAGCCGGUCAUCAACCUCGAGAAAAUCAAUUCACAGAUCUUCAUUCAUGUGAAUGAGCUGGGACAAGUGAGGGAGAUGCGCCGGGACCUGAGCGUCAUGUUCAGCGGCUUCCUGAAGUCGUGCUCGGACUCUAGCGUGGCGGGCCUGCUGAGCGCCUUCGAGGGCCGCCCGCACCUGCUGGACAGUCCCGACCUGUACAGCAUGAGCGAUCUGGAGCAGGUGCGCUCCAAGGCGCUGCUCAAGCUGCUGGUGAAGACGGUGGGCCUGUGCCGCGCGCACAUCCGCGCCAGGUGUCUGACGUGCCGCAGUAAGGGCCAGCAGUGCCCCGUCUGUGAGAACUCGGCGCUGCUCUUCCCGUUCGACCAGUUCGUGGUGUGCUGCGCGCGCUGCAGCCGUCACCUGCACGCGCACUGCGCACCGCCGCGCGCCGAGGGUGCAGAGAUCCUCUGUCGGCCCGAGUGUGCCGGCAGCGAGCCGACGCCGAGCCGCUGCAGCCCGCAGCGUCAGCUGGACACCGUGCCGGAGGCACCGGGGGGCGGGGGAGCCACCGGCGGACACCCGCCCAGCUCGGCACGCACGGUGCCGCCCGGCGCCCGGGCGCGCCGCGGGCCCGGCUCCAGUACCGGCAGCACCACGGCCAGCGCCACGCCGCGCACGCUGGCCCGCACUCCCAUGUCAGAGGCGUGGGCACGCGCUCUCUACAAGGACCGUCUGCUGCAGGAGCAGGAAGAUCGCGAGCGACGCCAGAGGGCCAAACCGUGACGGGCCGCGAGCGCCGCCAGAGGGCCAAACCGUGACGGGCCGCGAGCGCCGCCAGAGGGCCAAACCGUGACGGACCGGGGAGAUCGUGCGACCUGGAGAGGUCCUGUAAAGUGUUUGAUGGAUCACUGGUGACCUACGAUAGGUAGCUGGCAGAGACUGGUUCACUGACGCUUCUAUUGCAUACGGCAGGAAGUGACAUCGUAGUCUACAAAGGCGUUGCUUAUUUGCGGGUAUUUCGACGUCAUUUCCAAGGUCAUUUUAGCUACGUAAGGACGUUUUAAUCGAGAUGGAAUGGUGUGACUCGCUCUUUCAUUUCUUUCUUUCAUUCUGGCUGUUUUAGUACGGAAGUCGAGUUUUCACAAAAUGGCGUCAGACGAACCCUCGAUCCGUUUGUGUAUCUUUUUAUCUACCCCUGGGCUAAGUUACUGACGAUUCCCCAAUAGGUCCUUUCAAAACCAAGAACGAUAAGAUUAAGUUGUUUAGCCUUAGCGAAGGACAGGUUUGGGGCGCCGGUUGUGUAAUUUUUAGACCGAUGAUCUCUGUAUCUGGCAGCUCCAAGCUACUCGUAGGUUUAAGUUCUUGCCAAGUGUUUCGCUGAACUUUCGUCAUCGUUUCUCAAGCGCCCUACCAUCUUAUGCAAAGUCUAGACUUGGAGAGUCGAGCUCAGACUAGCAAAGAGUCGGUGGGAGUCCCAGACUAGACGGUCUGAGAGUGUGAGUGCUGGGCCAAAGCCGUUUCACGUUUAGAUGCCCUGACGUGCAUUCGUGUCGUGCUCGUAUCGUGUUUUGUAAAAUGCAAUGUCGUACUCAAACCAUUCCCUGCGGCAGCUAAGUAGCACAUUCACUUGCCGCGCUCUUUGAGCUGUGUCGUGCACUUUGUCUCGUCGUAGUUACCAGUGUUGACAGCUACAUGUGUUAGAAAACCGGGUCAGAACAUGUCGACUGGAUUCCUGUGCGGUGUUACGGCCAAGUUAGGCUCCAACUCGCCACAUUUGCGGUAGGUAAUCGACACAUAAUUAUCGGUGUACCAGUCGAGGAAGCGCAUUUCCUGUUUUUGGGUACCUAUUGCUUUUCGAUAAAAUUGUGCGUGUCAUCACGGUUCUCAGUUGCCGUUUCAGCGCAUCGCAUGAUGAAGCUGUUAAGUACAAUGUUAUUCGUGUAACCCUAGCGUCUAGACAGGAUGCGUCUUUCACGUAUAAAUACACGUUCAAAUAGAUAA